AUGUCGAAAAUUUUCGAUAAUUUAUUAUCAACUAAAUCUUUACAUUCAAAAGAUCCUAUUGAUCGAUAUAUUUUCGAUCAUUCACUUCGUUAUACACCUGAACAACUUGAACUUUUAGAAGAUAUUAAAAAUUUACCAGAAAAAAUUCAACCAUGGUUAGGAUCAACAGAUGAAGCACAAUUUUUUCAAUUACUUAUUCGGCUUAUGAAUGGCAAACGAGCAAUCGAAAUUGGAACAUUUACUGGUUAUACAUCAUUAGCUAUUGCUUUAGCACUUCCAUCUGAUGGUGAAUUAAUAACAUGUGAUAUAACUGAUGAAUAUAUUCGUCAAGAUAUAUGGAUUAAAGCUGGUAUUCGAAAUAAAAUAAAUUUACAAAUACGACCAGCUUUAGAAACUCUAAAAGAUUUACUUAAAACCUAUGGUUCAAAUUCAUUUGAUUUUAUAUUUAUUGAUGGUGAUAAAGAAAAUUAUCUUCAAUAUUAUGAAUUAUCACUUGAAUUAAUACAUUCAAAUGGUUUAAUCGCUAUUGAUAAUACUUUAUGGAAUGGACGUGUAUUAAAUGAAAAUGAUACAUCAAUUGAAACAAUAACUAUACGUCAAAUGAAUGAACUUGUUAAAAAUGAUAAUCGUAUUGAUAUUAGUUUUUUAAGAUUAGGCGAUGGCACAACACUUUAUUUUACUUUUGUUUUUUUACGAAUUAUUAUUCAAAAAUGUUUUUCUUCCGUACAUAUCUCACCGAAUCGUAAUCAAUUACAAUAUAGUUUUAUAAGAACAAAUUCUGAUAGAAUAGUUGAACGUUUUAAACGACGUACAACGUCAGAUAUAUUUCAAAUUCAUAUUCAUUAUGAUACAAGUGUUAAAAAAUUAUUAAAAGAUGAACAACGAUUAAUUAAAGAAGCUGUUGAAGCUGCAACUAAAUUUUGGAGUAAAGCUAUUCGACCGAAAUAUAAAUUAAAUAAUCGAAUACGAUUAGCAAGACAAUGUCCAUCAAGAAAAAUGUUUAUUGUUGAAAAUGAUUAUUCUGUACAUUAUUGUUCAGAAAAAUGUUUAGAUGAAACACAUUGUGGUGAUAUUAUUGUACCUUAUGAACAUUUACAACAAUGUCAUGUUUGUAAUAAAGAUAGAAAAUGUGAACGUAUUGGUACAAAUGGUAGUGGUGUUAAUGCCGAAUUUAUUUUAUAUGUAUCAGCACUUGACACAAAUCGAUGUGAACCAAUUGAUACAUUGGCUACAGCAUCUUUUUGUCAAUUAGAACCAGAACAAGAUAGACCAAUUGCUGGUAAUAUCAAUGUAUGUCCAAGGCGUUUGAGAGGCGAUCGUAUUUGGAUAGAUUUUGAUCGUCUUGUUAGUACAAUAAAACAUGAAAUUCUUCAUACAUUGGUGUUUUCUUCUGGUCUUUUUGCAUUUUUUCGAGAUAGUAAUGGUGAACCAUUUACUGAGCGUGAUCCAGCAACACGAUGGCCUAAAGCUUAUGAUGAAAAAUUACAAGUAUAUACACCCAGUGAUAAAGUGCUUAAACAAAUAGUAAGAAAAAACUGGAAAAUUCGUGGUGGACUAAUGAAUAAGAUUAUAUUAAUGUUAGUUACACCAAAAGUUCAAGCUAUUGUACGUGAACAUUUUAGUUGUUCAACAUUAGAAGGAGCUGAACUCGAAAAUCAAGGGAGUAUAGGUACAGCUUUAACUCAUUGGGAAAAACGAUUAUUUGAACAUGAAAUAAUGACUGGAACUUAUACUCAAGAAUCCGUGAUUUCUAAUUUAACAUUAGCUUUAUUGGAAGAUAGUGGAUGGUAUGAUGUAUCAUAUGAAUAUGGUAAACCUCUUCUUUGGGGACGUAAUCUUGGUUGUGAUUUUGUUAAAACAAGUUGUAAACAAUGGAUUGAUUCAAAACUUGAAAAAAAACAGAGUCCUUAUCCAUUUUGUAUUUCAUCAUCAAAACCUAAUCUUUCUAAGCGUAUUUGUGACUAUACAUAUGAUAAAGUAGUUAUGUGCAAUCUUAUCGAAUAUCCCACUGCUGUACCUCUUGAAUAUCAAAUUUUUGAUUCUUUACCAAAUAUAACUGAUAAAAAUGAACUUGUACGUUUUGGUGGACAUGUUAUGUUAGCUGAUUAUUGUCCAUAUAAUCAAGAAUUAACCUAUAAAAAUUCUAAUCGUGAUUCAAGAUGUUAUCGAUCAGAAAAUCAACCACCAAAUAAAGAAAAUUAUGCUCUUGAAAAAUAUUCUUCCGAAUCAAAAUGUUUUGAUCAUGGUUCUAUAUGGGAACAAUAUAUUGAACAAUGUCGUAAAAAACGUCGUGUUAUUCCACAAGCAGCUGGAUGUUAUCAAUUUGAAUGUAUAUCAUCCAAAGGAAUUUAUGUUCAUAUUGGGAAAGAAAAAUAUCUCUGUGAAUAUCAAGGUCAAAAUUUAACUAUUAUAACUAUUGAAUAUGAUUCAAUUUAUGUUGGCACAAUUAUUUGUCCUGAUUGUCAAAUUAUUUGUGGUUCUUUGAAAAAUUUUCAAUGUCCUUCAGAAAUAAACAUUAAUAAUGUACAAACAAAACAACAAUUAAAUAUUCGUUCAUCUGUAGAAAAUCUUUGCACAAAAUUAUAUGAAUAUAAUCAAUCAUCUAUGUCAGAUAAGACGAAUCAAUUAUAUAUAAAAUUACAAACAAUAUUUCUUUUCUUUAUUUGUCUUCAUAUUCGUAAAGAAUUUUAA